AUGUACCAGAAGCUAAAGAAUAUAGAUGCUUAUCCAAAGACUGUGGAUGACUUCCGCAUCAAGACUUACGCAGGUGCAGUGGUCACCAUCGUGUCUGCCCUGCUCAUCCUCUGGCUGUUCAUCUCCCAAGUGGGCGUCUACAUGACCACCGAGCCACAUCACGAGCUAUUCAUCGACACCAACAGAGCUGAGAAGCUUAGGAUCAACAUCGAUGUCAUCUUCCAUCAUCUGCCUUGUGCAUACUUGAGCCUUGACGCGAUGGAUGUUGGAGGACAUCAUCAAUUCGACGUUGCACAUAAUAUCUUUAAGAAGCGUUUGUCGCCCGAUGGCGGACUGUUGACAGAGGCACCAAAGCAACAGCCUGUUAAUAUCAAGGCAGUGCCAAACGCUGAUGAUAAGGCAGAGUGUGGAAGUUGCUUUGGUUCGAAAGACGGUUGCUGCAACACUUGUGACGAGGUCAGGGACGCUUAUCAGCACAAGGGAUGGUCAUUCGAUCCCACCGAGAUGCCACAAUGUAUCCGCGAGGGUUUCACCAAGGCCAUCGUCGAGCAGAAUGGCGAGGGCUGCCAACUGUACGGCUUCAUCACCGUGAACAAGGUUGCCGGCAACUUCCACUUUGCUCCUGGCAAGAGCUUCCAGCACGCGCACAUGCACGUGCACGACAUGCAAAUGUUCAAGGGUGCUCUCAACCUCUCGCACACCAUCAACAAGAUGUCCUUUGGCAACCCAUAUCCAGGCAUCAAGAACCCGCUCGAGGGUGUUGUCAAGACUGAGACGACAGGAACAGGCGUGUUCCAGUACUACUUGAAGGUCGUGCCCACUUUGUACGAGGAUGACAAUGGAGAGAUGUUCAACACCAACCAAUACUCGGUCACUGAGCACUACAAGGUACUGGCGCUCAAGAGCGAAGACAUCAAUCAGAGCAGCGGACUGCCUGGCGUGUUCUUCAUGUACGAUCUUUCGCCAAUCAUGAUGAAGCUGGGCCGAAAGAGCCAGUCGUUCGGAUCGUUCAUCACAUCGGUGUGCGCCAUCGUCGGUGGAGUGUUCACCGUGGCCGGCAUCCUGGACUCAUUCAUCUAUCAGACAACAAAGACUAUCAAGCGCAAGGUUGAUUUGGGAAAGACGUCAUAA